AUGGACCCCCAACAGUCUGCCCUCCCACUGCAGCUGCAUGGCAACAGUUUUGCUAUGAGCACUGGACCAGUGCCAAAACUAAGCGAGGGAUACAAUGAAGAAGAAGAAGAAGGAGAAGAAGGAGGAGGUGGAGGCCAAGAAGCUGAACUUAAUCAGCAUAACAUGACCUCCUCUGCUCGUGUCAGUUCCAGGUUAAACCCAGGUGAACAGCCUCAGUGCCCACUGGAGCCUCUGGUUCACUGCCAUGCCAAGGGCAAGAUGGACAUCAAGAGCAGGAGCUGCAGUCUACUCACCAUCUGCCGAUCAGAAGUCAUUUUUCCCUGGAUGAAUCCACGGACAACUGACUCUGAACAAUCUGGCCGAGGACGGCUCUGUGUCAGGAGGGAGAGAACGGCCUUCACCAACAGCCAGCUGCUGGAGCUGGAGAAGGAGUUUCACUUCAGCCCUUACCUCCGUCGUCCCCGGCGGCUGGAGAUGGCCGCUGGGCUGCAUCUCACCGAUCGCCAGGUCAAGAUUUGGUUUCAGAACCGCAGGAUGAGGUACAAAAAAGAGCAGCGGCAUGGAAAGGUGGCAGGGUCUUCCCAGUGGUCUCCCUAUAGCCCUUCCCUCAGCUCAAGCUCAUGUGCGGACCAGCUGAGGUUUCAGGGUGAUUGUGUGGUUAGAACUUCCUCCUCAGAGCUGCACUUCAUGGAUUACGCUCCCAUGUCCUCCUCUCUCUUUGGCUCUCACAGUGAUGCCAGCAGUGGUCAGUGUAAUCACCCCGCAGACCUGCCCCAUCUGAGCUGCAUACUUCCAUCUGUUGCAAAUGGUCCUCCGCCUUCCUGUACUGGCGCAGAUAGUCAUCACCAUGCUGGCAUUUCAAACUGGCCCUAGGGCCCCAUAAUGGCCAUCCCUCCUGUGCUCAUCAAAAUCUCAAUGAUACAUCCACUUUCACUUACUUAUGAAAGACUGGUGGAUGUCUUAUUAGCAUCCCUGGGUUGAAAUCCCCUUAACACACCAUUCAUGAAGCAUUUUAAUUAAACUAUAUGAACAUAUCUUAAUUAAAGGAGAGCUACAGCGAUAUCAUUUGUGUUUCUCAGGCACAAUGACUGAAGACUGCAGGUCAAACUUGCUGCUCAGAUUGUACUCUUACGGCAUGCACAUUCAAGCAAUUAAUUACUACAUGUUUUCCUGUGAUUUUGUGCCUGUUACAUUUCUAUUGUCGUUGCAUGUUUAAUGCAUGUGGGAAUCAUAUGAGUGAGUUUUUAUACUUCCCUCUUUUGUCAAAUAAUAGCUAAGUGGUGAUCCCAUUUUCUGAGUGUUACAUUUUGGCUCUUUUUCAUUAUCUACUGUAAAUAACAGGUCAUUUGUGUAAAAUGUUUUAACUGUGAAAUGGGCAGAAUAAUGUUCAUAUCAAAUGAUGUUAUAUUUUUGUUAA